CUUGUUUGAAGCUCAGCUUGUUUACGACUCGCCAGCGGGAAUGUUGGUUUAAUUAAUCAUCGUCAUCAUUAGUAGACAGAAGACAAAAUUGUCCAGUUUGAUUAUUUUUAACCAACUGGAAUAUUAAACUUUGUGUUUAAAUGAUAUAAAUGUAUUUGUGUGUACGCCAUUGCAUUUUGAGUUAAUAUAGCCAAUGUUUUCGUUCUACUCACUUCAACUAUAGACCGAUGCAUUACUCACACAGACCACCUAAAAGACGUGGGCCACUAUUCUUAGUGUUUGAAACCAACAACAAAAGUGAUAACAAAAUUCCAAGAGAUACAGUGUUAUGUAUCUCAAUAAAGUUGCAGCGCUUUGAAGCAUCAUGGCGUCCUACAUGGUUCCAGCCGCUGUUAAAUCCUCUGCAGUGUUUUUGUUGAUAAAACGAGCUCAGUCUGUAAAUAAAAUCUGCCGUCUUCCUCGGAGUGCCACCGCAGAAGGUUCCAGGUGGUGGGGGGUUUUCAGUCUCUCCGUGUCGUCCCGCUCCUCCUCGGACACUUCAGGUACAGAUCUUUGUGGCUCCGGUGACAUUGUGGGUCACUUUGAGCGGCUUGUGCAAAGUGACUCCCUAAAGAAGGACGUUCAGCAGAAAUAUGUUGUCCAGCGGCUGGCUGUACUGCAGCAAACCUUAAAGACUUAUACUAACAGUAUGUACCUGAACCCACCAUUAACACAACACUACAAAGAUCGCAGCAGGCAACCUCAAAAUGAUGAUGCUACAACAACCAAAACGAAACCUCCUCCUCAACAACCACCACCACCUAAGGGUCUCUAUAUAUACGGAAAUGUUGGCUCAGGGAAGACCAUGCUCAUGGAUUUGUUUUACUCCCAUGUGGAAAACAGUUGCAAAAAGAGAGUCCAUUUUAACAGCUUCAUGUUGGAUAUCCAUAAGAGGAUCCACCGCAGGAAACAAAGCCUGCCGAAGCGAAGGCUAGGGGAAAUGUUCAACUAUGACCCCAUAUCCCCGGUUGCCAUGGAGAUCAGCAGUGAGAUCUGCCUGUUGUGUUUUGAUGAGUUUCAGGUAACUGAUGUUGCUGAUGCCAUGAUCCUGAAGCAGCUGUUUGAGGCACUGUUCAAAACCGGAGUGGUGGUGGUGGCCACCUCUAACAGACCCCCAGAUGAUCUGUACAAAAACGGACUUCAGAGGGACACCUUCCUACCUUUCAUCGACGUGCUAAAGAAAUACUGCCACACUGUCUGUCUGGACUCUGGGAUUGACUACAGGAGGCUGGACAGGCCUGUGGCUGAAAAACUUUACUACCUCACAGGAGAGCCUAGAGCAGAGGCUUACCUGGAUGCACUGUUUGAGGAGCUGGCAUUAAGACAAAAGAGUGUUACUGGUUCUCGUGUUCUCACUGUCCUGGGCAGAGAUGUGACUCUUCAGAAGACGUGUGGCUCCAUCGCUGAUUGUACUUUUGAAGAACUGUGUGGUAAACCAACGGGUGCCAGCGAUUACCUGGAAAUGGCGCGGAUCUUUGACACUGUAUUCAUCCGCCAUGUUCCCAAACUGACGCUGACUCUGAAGGACCAGGCCAGGCGCUUCAUCACGCUCAUAGACAAUUUCUACGACCACAAGGUAAGAGUGGUGCUUCUGGCAGCGGCUCCAUUAGAGCAGCUUUUCGUCCAUACUGGAGGAGAAGAUGAGAGAGAUCGACAGCUGCUGGAUGACCUGGGCCUCAGUAAUGAGGCAGCAGAGAGGCUCACUCUGUUCACAGCCGAGGAAGAGAUCUUUGCUUUUCAAAGGACCGUCUCUCGGCUGAGGGAGAUGCAAACUGAGGCUUAUUGGAUGGAGGGAGAUCGCAGUUCCAGCAGUAGUCACAUGAGUAGCUAACAUCUGCAGCUGAAAGCUUGGAUAAGAAACUACCUCCCAACAGCAUGAUGCCUCACUAACCAGCUUCACUCCUAAUGGAGUGAAUCAAAAUGUCUUAGAGCAGUGUUGUCCAAAGCCAGUCUUCGGGGGCCGAUGUCCUGCAUGUUUCGGAUGUUUCCCCGAUUCAGCACACCUGAAGCAAAUGAAGGAGCUCUUGGCAGGUCGUGCAGAACUGGAUGUCAUGCUGAGGAGGCAAUUCAGCAAUGUAAAUCAGCUGUGUGUGUAGUGACACAUCUAAAAACAUCCAGGACACUGGUUCUGUUUCAGCGUAAGCAGCACUUUGCUCCAAACAGUAAAACAAAAACUGCAUCUCAAUUCAUCUGAUGUCUUCUCAUGUUUUAUAUGAGUUGAAUAUGUCCUGCAAGGACUGCUCUCUCCCCCUCGUGGACUACUGGUUUAAAAGGUCGACAGCUUUCCAAGGAUUUUCCGCCACAUUGGGGAGAGGAUCAAACAUCCUUCCUUUGCGGGUGAUUAGUGCCCUCUAGUGGAGGAACGUUUAUAACAUUUUUUUUUUUACACCAAGUUUAAACCAGGUUGUUUUGUUUUUUUCAAAUUUGAGUGUUGUUCAAACAUGAGGAAGUGCAUAAUUGUGAAGUGAAAAGAAAUGAUGCGGAGUUUUCAUUAUUUGUUUUCACAACCAGAAAUCUGGAAAACAUUACAAGUAUUACAAGUAUAGACCGGGCUUUUGCAUUAGCUGCACAUUAGAACCUACAGCGCUUUGACCAAUGGCUUUUUUUUUCUUUAAAUCUAAUUUAUAAAUGAAAGUAACUUGGCUUUCUAGGGGCUAAAUACAAAUGCAUGCCAGACAUUUCAGAUUUCUAUUUGUUUGAAACAAUUUAGCCCCUGCAUCAUUGUCCUUCUAUCUCACAAUUAUGCUCUGCUUUUCCUUUGUCUACCAUAUGAACACCAGUAAAAUACACCUAGAGUUGUGGUCGUCUCAUAACCAAACUGUUAAAAGUUUUAAGAGGGUGUGAAAGGCACUUUAAUGUAAAGAAUCUGAAUUCAACUUUGUUGGAAUGAACACAACUAAAGUUAUCAUUUCUACACUUUACCGUAAUCUGUAGUAAUAGUUUUAGUUGAAUUAUACUAUAAAAAGCUAAACAGUAAUUUCAAACUGAAAAGCUUUGAACAAAGCGGUUUACACUUCAGGAAAUGUACAAUUUCAUGGAAAAACAAUGCAGGGCAGAAAUAUGAUACACAUUUGGAUGCAAAUACCUGUUUUGAUCAUUUAUUUGUACAAAACAAGGGCUAUUUAGGUCAUGUAUUGCAUUGAAACAUGUGAUAUUUCACUGCAAUAUAUCUUUCUUGAUGGCUGUGCACAGAACAAGACCCACAGCGAUACUUAUUCCAACUUCUAAGAUCAGUUUGGAUUUUUAGUAAACAUAACAUGCAGAAGAAAGUAAUAGUACUGGGAGAAAUCCCAGACAAGACAAUUCCACAGAAAGUUCAACAUAACUUUUUUAUUUGAAAUAGUUAUUAGUGAUGUAAGAGCCAAAUUGUAUUUCAUCUUCCUUUUAAAGUGUUGGUCUAUGUUUGACUGUUACUCUAUUUUCAUAUGAUUAAAUAACUUGGUUUUUCAUGGCAUAAAUUGUUGGUGAAUACAUGAACAAAUUAAAAUAAGAAAAAAGACAUAUUCCCUGUGUUUUGUUUUUAAAGAUUUGUGACCGUCUGGUACAGUAGUUGUUUUCAAUUUAUCCCUUUUUGCCUGUAGGUGGCAGCAGAGAUCAAGAAGUUCCUCAGGUGUUAUUAUUGUCCAACCAGGGAUGAGGUCAUCCUAGUGCAGUACUCCAGCUUGGCCCUGCGAGCUUUGAUAGCACCUACUCGAUCUAGACUAAGAGCCUUAUGUAAGAACAGAUCAAGCCGGCCAACCAGCCAGAGUCUUGGAACAAGCACCAACAUACCAGACAGUAUCUGUGAUCGCACUAGAUUUAAACGACGAUGUGGAUGUGAAAAGAUACAAGCCUCUUUAAAUUGUGCUUGAAUCAGAUGUGAGUCUACACUGCACCAUACCUUUCAGUUAAAGGAAAAUCCAUUACGUCCUAUGCUAUGGACCCCUUUUAUCCAAUUGGUGCAUUACGUUGGUCAGAGGGGAGAUGGACGCCGUUCAUCGUCAUUGUCUUAAAUGGAUUAUCCUCUCCGUUUUACAAGACUGUUCAUAGUCUCAAUCCACACAUCCCAGCAGGAAAAUACCACCUUGUCCUAUUACCUAAACCACACACUAUACUGAUGUGAGUCAUUGCCCUGAUAGCUGUUCUGUCAGGUUUUUGUUGGAUUAUCUCUUCUUUGAGGGUCUUUGGACUGGAAGAGGUUUUAAUUUAAUUUUCAUUGGAUUGUUUUGUUCUUUCAUCCAAUAUAAUCAGAUUCCUUUGAUUUAUCUGAUACCACAAGCUGCAGCGCCCUGCUUCAGUAUUCAUGCAUUAAGAAUGCAAAGUAAUAUGUUCUUUAAGUAAAAAUGUCAAUAGUUUGUGCAUUUGUAUUCAACCCCUUUUUACACAGAAAGCCCUGAUUAAAGACCGUUGCAACAAAUUGCCUUGAAAAGUUCAAUUGGUACUUUUAAUCUCUAUAAAUCCAACUGUUCUGUGGAAGAUUGAGAUUUGUAAGAGAACAUUAGUGAACAGAAAGCAUUCUGAAAAAACUCAACAUUCAGUCUAGUAUGUGAAAAUGGAAAUGUAAUCCAUAAAGACACUGUUCUACUUACAAAGGCUCAUGGUACUGUGGAGGAGCUGUAGAGAUCUACUACUCCUCAGGUGGGAGAAUCUAUUGAUAAGACAACUACAGUAGUUGUACUCUUCACAAAUAAAAGACAGAAACU